AUGUUAAGUUACUAAUUAUUUAAUAAAAUAUCUAAAAUGAGCUCAGAUUCGUUAAUUCAAGAAGCUCUAUCUUAAUUUAUUAUGCUAAGAAGCCCAAGGGAAUUGUUGCAUGAAUUUAAGACCUAGGCUUUGAAUUUAGAAUAGAUAAGAUAGCUAGUGUAAGUUUUCGAUCCAAAUAUCUCUAAUGAAGACAUAAAGUACUUUUAUCUGAAGGUGAUUACCAAAUUCAAAAGCCCUGCAGGAAUAACAGAGGAUAUUUAUCAAUAAAUAGUGGAUGAUGAAGAAUUUACAUUGAGAGGAGGAUCAUAAAAUUCUUAUGAUUCUUUACCAUUGUUAAAGAAUAUCAUUAGAGGAGUGAGAGAAAAGAAGGUGCCCAUAUAGAGAUUGUAUAAUUUCUAUGACAAAAAUAAGGAUAAAGAACUAUAAGACCCUGAAUUUAGAAAUUUAUUAGAAUUCUUUUACGUGGCAAUAACAGAUGCACAAUUCAAAAAGCUCAGAGAGGAAUUUCCUGAUAAUCCAUUAAGUGAAAGUGCAAUUGUCAGUCUGUUUGAAAAAUGGUAGGAGAUUGUUUUUGAAAAUACUCAAGGUGAUCCAUAAAUCAUUUUGGAAGCCCCAUCAAAAACAUCAAAUCUAUUGACUAUUCCCAAACCAUAAUAAACAAUUAGUUUAGAAUUGACUAGGGAAGAAGAUGAAAGAUUUAAAGAUUUUAUGGGAGUUGACUUUAAGAUUCCAGGAGUAAAGGAAUUGGCUGAUCUUUAAAAAAGAUGCUAAUAAACAUAAGAGAUAUUUACAGAUCCUGAUUUCCCCCCAAAUGUAACAAGUUUGGGACCAAAAUUCAGUGCCAAUAAUUGGAAACGUUUAUAAGAACUCUUUUAAGGAGAACAAAAGGUUUUUUCAAUAGAUACCCAACAUGAUAAAAGUGGUGUUGGCUUAAAUAAAUGGAUAUCUCAUAGAGAUAUUUGCCAAGGUGAUCUAGGUGAUUGCUAUUUUAUGUCAACUUUGAGUUCCAUAGCAUGCAAAUGGCCUGAUCAAAUUAAAGACCUAUUCCCUAUUUAGAGAGCAAACAAAUUUGGUGUUUAUGGUGUUAAGAUGUGCAUUAAUGGAGAGUGGAAAGUUAUCCCUAUAGAUGAUAAUAUACCAGUAAAAAAUGGCAAAAUUGCCUUUACCAAAAAUGCUGAUAAAGAGAUUUGGGUGUCAUUGUUAGAGAAAUCAUGGGCAAAAGUAAAUGGGUCCUAUACUAAUAUUGAUGCUGGAGAUCCCAGAGAAGUUAUCAAAACAAUUACAGGAGGUCCAGUUUGGCUUUUAUUAACAAACAAGCCAAAUUUCAAAGAAAAUUUCAUUACUUGCGUUAAACAAAAGUGUGUUAUGGUGACUGGUACUUAUAGUAAAAAUGCUGACUACUCUGCUAUUGGAUUAGAACCAGGACAUGCAUACUCUAUCUUAAAUGUUAAGACUGUAAAUCAUCCUUAAAGAGGAUAAGUUCAUUUACUUAAGAUAAGAAAUCCAUGGGCACGUAAAGAAUGGAAGGGUGAUUGGAGUGACGAAUCAGAUUUGUGGACCCCUGAAUUAAGAGAGUAGGCUGGAAAUACUGGAAAGGAAAAUGACGGAAUCUUUUUUAUGUCAUUAGAUGAUUAUACCAAAUACUUCUUUUCAGUGUUCUGUGGAUAUUUCAAAACUGAUUACAUUUAUAACUCUAUGAGAUUCAACGUUAGAAGGAACAAGGGAGUGUAUUUCGAAUUCGAAAUUAAAAAAGAAGGAGAAUACUUCUUUGCCAUUCAUUAAGAAUCUACAAGAUAAUAUAGAUCUCAACCUGAAUUGAAAUAUGAAUACUCUUAUGUUAGACUCUUAUUAGCAAAGGAAUUACAAAAUGGAUAUGAAUACUUAGAGGGAAAAUUCUAUAAGGACAUUGAAACACAUGUUGGCAGAGUAGGAGAGAAUUUCACUCCUGGUAAAUACAUUUUAUACAUCAAAAUCAAAUGGCAUGUACCAUCUUGGAAUGAACAUUCAGUUGUGUUGAGCACUUAUGGAGAACAAUAUGUGUAAUUGAAGGAAGUUCCCAGGGAUCCAAAUCUUGUUUCUUAGACAAUGAUGCAUCAAGUCAGAUCCAACAAUAAGGUGGAAGAAGUAUUGCCAGGAAUCACUAUGAAGAUGGACAAUAAUGGAAAUCUAGGAAUUGGUUACAUCUAUUAUAAGAAUGAAUCCAAUCAAUAAGUGAACUUUGAAACAAACUUAGUGAACAAGGGAGGUUGUAAAUUGACCAAACCGGAAAGAGGUUAUUAUUUCAAGAGUUUUAUACCUCCAUAAGGUGAAAGAUUAGUUACUUUUACAAUCACACCUCCAAUAACGGAGUUGUCCAUGCCUACAUUAAGUCAUAAAUUAUUAUGA